GUUGUAUAAUAUAUGUGAAUAGAAAAGUUAUUGUUGGAGGGUAAGCUAAAGUAUAUAUUUACCAUUUUUUUUUACCGUACAAUUGUAAGUAAUAUUGAUGUAUAUUGUAAACAUAAAGUAACAAUUGCAGGAAUAUUGAGGACCACCUUGAACGUGUAGAAACAGAACUCAAAAAGAUGAAUGCAUUGCUAUAAAAAAUUGUGAAAAGUGUGCAGAAUUCAAAUACUUUAACGUAUAAACCGAAAUAUUUUCCAAUAACAUCCAAGGAAAAUAUGGAUGCUUUUGAAGAAAUAGAUGACGACGAGUGUCAAUAUACCAAUGUGGUAGGGCAAGAAUUUUUUCGUCACAUCUGUUUAGUAUUACUUAAAGUUCAAUAUUUCUUCAACAUUGAUGGCUUUAAUGUCAAGGAAACUGUAAACUUAUAUCUUAAAGAAAGCAUGUUAGAUAAUCUCGCACUUUCUUUCACCUGGUUAGAUAAUCUCGCACUUUCUUUCACUAAUCCUCGCAAGGGAGGAUUACCUUUAUAUAAGAUACGGCUCGUAAAGUUAAUUUAUGAUGCAGUGUGUAAAAAUAAAUAUUUUCCAAAACCGACUCGAUCAGAGUUCCAGCGGCACAUGAUCGAAGCUCUUCGAGCUGCGAAAGAAAGAGUUCGUUUCCGGAACAAACCUCGUGGCGAACGUGUUUUAGUCGCGCGAGAAAAUGAUCGUGAUUUUUGGAAUGCUGACGACACACAGUCUACGGACGAAGAUUAAAUAUGUAAUGCCAUUUCGGAACGCAGAGCAAGAGUGUUAACGGCACUUUAUUACAGAAUUCGCUCCGUUAUUUCUCUUACAAUCUUCUACAAUCUCACGCAUGUCUUAACGCGAAUUUUCCGAUUGACUAGGAAAAAAGAAUAUAUCGGGCUUGAUUAAUGAAAAACCUUUUUUUUUUUAUAAAUGAAAACAUGCUGAGACUAGUUUGGCAACGAGGGAGCCGAUUGCCAAAAUAUAUGGGCAAAAUAUUAAUAUUUACAGACAUUUACAGUAAAGAAAUUACCAAAUAAUAUUAUA